AUGCCCCUCGAUAAAGCCACCAGCGGGCUUACCGGUCAACUUCCUGUGAACCAAUCUGUGAACCAAGUCCAAUCAACAGCUAGCGGAGCGAAGAAGAAUGUAAAACCAAGGAAGUUGAAUCAAACGACGAAGGACCUGACCGAGCCUGCUCUUCCCGGCGAAUUCCCUUCAGACGACGCUCCCCCUAAAGAAGAAAAAGUCAAUAGCGAUGUGUCUUUCUCGGGAAUAUGGGCCACCAUCGUAUCAUGGGCUUCCUCUUUAUUCCCUCAAGCUUUUGACGCCUUUGAAUCCUGGAUCCGGUAUAUGGUGUCCUGGUUGCUCCCUCCGCCCCGACAGGCUGCAAUGUAUGAAGCUGCGCUCAAGCGCCCCGCUGCGACGACCUUUAUCGUUUGUCAGAUGAUAUGCUGUGGUGUUCCCUUGUUGGUAUUCCUCGCUGGUGUAUUUGUCUUCGCGGCUGUCUCGAUGUUGCUUUGGGCGGUCCUGUCGCUACUUAUCCUUGGUCCGGUGUUGUUGGUCACAAGCAUGAUGGGUGUUUCGCUUUGGGGCUGGGGCUGGGUCUUCUAUGGCUUAGUUAAAUGGGUUGAUCAGCGGUUCUUGGGUGGUAUGAUCACUCGCUUUUGGAUUCCCCAGACACAAGAAGGAGAAGGUGGAGAGGGUGGAGAGGAUGGAGAGGAACAGUCUCAAGGGGAGAAAAAGGAUGAGUAA